AUGACUCUGUAUGAAGGAAUAGCUCUUAUUCAAGAAAAGCAAGCCGUUGUGUUGGAUUUGGGCGCCGACUAUACAAAGUUUGGAUUUACUGGUGAAGCUGCCCCGAGAUGUAUAAUCAAAUCAGAGUUUUGGUGUCCAAUGGAGAGGCGGUACAAACGAGUAUAUGACUACAAUACUACUGAAGAGCUCUAUGAUAACCUAGUGCAGAUGCUGCACCUUCUGUAUUUCAGACAUGUGCUAGUGAAUCCUAAAGAGCGUAAAGUUGUAGUCAUAGAGUCACUGCUUACAACCACACAAUUCAGGGAGACGCUGGCUAAAGUUCUCUAUAUGCAUUAUGAGGUGUCAGGUGUUACAUGGUGGGACACGGGUAGGGCAUGUGCUGCAACACUGGGUGUGGGUACAGCACUGGUGGUUAGCAUAGGAGCACGAGAAGCUGAAGUUACGCCUGUGGUACAUGCAGCACCCCUAGUCCAUGCCAUUCAGGUGCCUCCACUAGGCAUGCAAGCUGUGAGGGUGCACCUUGCUGCUUUAUUGAAGGAGGACAAUGAAACUGAGUUACAGCUUGAUGACAAUGUUCUGGAAGAUAUUCUAGUUCGCACCUGUUUCGUCCCAAGUCGCAAGCUAGCUAUACAGUUGGCUAGUGAGGGGUGUAAUGGCGUUCGUAGUGUCGUAUGCGGGGGGGCAGGCAUGUCUGUCCGCGUUACGGGUAGAGCAAGGGCUCUUGCUGCCGAACCUUUGUUUGAAAGAGAUCGUGACAUGGCAUCUCUACCGGAUGCAGUGCUGCAGUGUCUGACACAAUGUCCACGAGACACACGUCGUGUACUGGCAGAGAAUAUAUUAAUAACGGGUGGUGGAGCGGCACUACCUGGUCUUAAGGCCCGUCUAGCACAUGAGCUGAGACAUUUAAUCACCGUGGAGCCAUAUAAAACCCAGCUUCACAUAAAAACAUUUAAGUUCCACUCGUCGCCAUGUGAAGAUAAUGUAUGUGCGUGGGUUGGAGGUGCAGUGUGUGGAGGGGCGGACGGUGGGGGCCGCGCCGAACCUCGAGACGUCUACCUACGAACGCGACGUCUACGUGAUUGGGCCUGUCUACUACACAACACCCCGCCUGACCAUCACCAUCACUGCCCAUGA